GUGGGGAGGGGGGAAAUCCUGCCGCCUUCACGCUCGGCUCCAGAGGGGACGGCGCGACUUAAAAGAAGAAGCGCUGCCACUCGGGAGUUUAAAGGCGUCGUUGUGCCAACGGUACCCCGGCCUUUACCCAGCCCGGCCCGACCUGGGCUGCCGCCUCCGCCUUCUCCUCCUCCUCCUCCUCCCCCCCUCCGGUCCCAGCGCUUCUCCUUGAGCGGUUGGCGCUGUCAGGCCGGCGCGCGCGCGCGUGCGCUCCACCUCAUCCCCCCUCCCCUGCCGGCACGCGACGAAACCACAAGCCGAGAAGCCGAAGCGCGCUCGCGCCUCCUUUAGCCCCCGGAGCCUCCUCCUCGCCGCCGCCGCCGCCUCCUCCUCCUUGAGUAACAUCGAGACGCGAAAGCCUGCGCCCGAGCGGAGUUGCCCACGCAAAGGCAACGGCGGAGAUAUGAAGAUCAAAGAUGCCAAAAAACCAUCUUUUCCAUGGUUUGGAAUGGAUAUUGGUGGAACGCUAGUGAAACUUGCAUAUUUUGAACCUAUAGAUAUUACUGCAGAAGAAGAGCAGGAAGAAGUUGAAAGUCUGAAGAGUAUUCGCAAAUAUUUAACAUCAAAUGUGGCCUAUGGGUCCACUGGUAUUCGAGAUGUCCACCUUGAACUUAAAGACUUGAUACUCUUUGGACGAAAGGGAAAUUUGCACUUUAUCAGAUUCCCAACACAUGACUUGCCUACUUUUAUUCAAAUGGGAAGAAAUAAAAACUUUUCCACGCUACAUACGGUGCUUUGUGCCACUGGUGGUGGUGCUUAUAAAUUUGAAGAAGAUUUUCGCACAAUUGGAGACCUCCAGCUGCACAAAUUGGAUGAACUUGAUUGUCUCGUCAAAGGCUUGUUAUAUAUAGAUUCUGUCAGUUUUAAUGGCCAGGCAGAAUGCUACUAUUUCGAAAAUGCAUCAGAACCGGAAAGAUGCCAAAAGAUGCCUUUUAACCUAGAUGAUCCAUACCCGUUGCUGGUUGUAAACAUUGGCUCAGGAGUCAGUAUUUUAGCAGUUCAUUCCAAAGACAACUACAAGAGAGUGACUGGAACAAGUCUAGGUGGUGGGACCUUUCUUGGUUUAUGCAGUUUACUGACCGGAUGUGAAAGUUUCGAAGAAGCUCUAGAAAUGGCAUCCAAAGGUGACAGCACACAAGCUGACAAGCUAGUCCGGGAUAUUUAUGGGGGAGAUUAUGAACGGUUUGGCUUACCAGGAUGGGCAGUGGCAUCUAGCUUUGGGAAUAUGAUCUGCAAAGAGAAACGGGAGUCUGUCAGCAAGGAAGACUUGGCUAGAGCAACCUUGGUUACUAUCACCAAUAACAUUGGAUCUAUAGCACGAAUGUGUGCUGUAAAUGAGAAAAUAAACCGAGUCGUCUUUGUUGGUAACUUUCUACGUGUGAAUACUUUAUCAAUGAAGCUCUUGGCAUAUGCACUGGAUUACUGGUCCAAAGGCCAGUUGAAAGCUUUGUUCCUUGAACAUGAGGGUUACUUUGGAGCAGUUGGUGCCCUUCUUGGAUUGCCAAAUUUCAGCUGAAGCUCCAAGCCACCACAAUACUGAAUGGUUCUCUACCUUUCUGGCAUUAUUACAUAUUGUUUUUAUAUCAACUUGAAGAGCAGAAGGGCUGCAAUCUUUCUAUAAAUGUCUUUAACUGGAGGAUAAAACUAUCAUUGUUGACAUCUGGGUGCUCCUAUAAAGAAGCACUUAGCAAGGGAGUUGACAUGGCAUUCUCUAAUCCAUUUCAUCAACAUUCUUCAACUUGGUGCCCCUUCUAAUUUCUCAGCUGAUAUAGCGGUUAAUUAUGCUGGUUGCAAUACACAAAUAAGGGGCAUCAAGCUGGGGAAUGCCGUAACAAACAUUUAAUACUCAGCAUGUGUCUUAAACUUAACUGUCUAGACCCUUCAAUACUAACCCCGUUUUGCUUCAAAACUAUUCUUAAGCAAUUGGGUUGCAUGUAAUUGCACAAGGUUAGACAUGGCCUUGUGCUCAAGAGUUCAUUUAGAUUUCCAGUCAACUCUAAAACUGAUUGUAGCCAUGAAUGAAGAAAGGAUCUUUGAUGCAAGGUAUUGUGUUUCAAUGCAAGUAAGUUACAGCAUGUUGAAAUACUUAUUCAGGCAUCAGUGUUAAGUUUCCAAACAUUAAACGUAAAAACAUCAGCAACGGUUUUGUACAAGUGAUUUAAUGAAUUAAUCAAGAAUGUGUGUAUAACAACCAGUGACAGUACAAGAUGACAGUAAAAAAAAAAACCAAACCCAUAUAUCUCAGAAUUACUGCUAUAAACAGUGCCAGCAGAUGAUAUGACUGAAAUCAAAGCAGCAGUGGUGUGGCAAAGGCUGGAAAGACAGUUCUUUAAUAAGAUGCCUUUGGUGUGACUUCCCAACUCCAAGAAAGUGAGUUGAUCUCAUGGAACCUCUAUUGACUAAGAAUAUUAACUUGGGACUAGGUUGUGUCCUUAAACCAUUAUGGCAGCUAUAGAGGUUGAACUGCAGAGUCAACAGAUCCGGUGUUCAUUGCACCCUAGUAAACCGUUCCAGUGGUGCAACAGUGUGGCCUUGAGAUAAACUCCUAUACUUACUGUAUGCCACUUUGGAUACAAUGGUAAAGUUUACAAUAGUGGCAUAUUUAAUAGACUGCUACAACAAAGCUUACCAUAAAACCUCAGCAAAAAAAAAAAAAAAGAAUUAUCUCAGAAAAGAAACUUUCUAUGCACAAGGAUGUAAUUAUUGUAUCCUGAAGGAAUAUGCAGUUACCCAAUCCAUGAAUUAAAAUUUUCUAGAAGGGAAUCUACCACUGACUAGAAUUCAUCUUGAGUUUUAGGUACUGCUUAUUUUACUUGAUCAAGGUGAUACACUAUUUCGGCACAUGAAUAUUUUAUACAGCAAUAUCUAUAUGAAAAACAACUCCAGCAUUCUUGGAAGAUUGGUUGGUUUAGGUGGUUUUUUUAAAAAAAAUCAUUUGUCUAUAAUUAUAUUUCAGUGCUUAGUAUUAGUAAUUGGUUUGUAGUAUAUAGCAAUCACCUAAAAUAUUUUCUGUUUUUAGAACUUGGAAAUUAUCUCUUUAUAGCACAGGGCAACAUCCAGAAAUGUGUACGUACCUCAUUGGUUUGAGGAAGUCAGAAAAUACAACUUCAGUAAAACAACUCAUCAUAGAAACAUUAUACUUGAUUAUUUUAAUCCCUCCCAAUUCAUACCAGGAAAGUAAAGAGUUACUGUUUUUCAUUUUAUCAUACAAUGUUUUUUAAUUGAACAGGUUUACAUCAUGGUAACAUCAUAGGUUUGGAAUAAGCUCCAUAAACGAAUUCAUUGGCAAUUUUUAUGUUAGACAAUUUCUAUUUUUAUUUUUGCAUUAUGUAAUUGCAUUUGUAAGAAUAGUGCUUUUACAAAAAUGCCAUUGUAAUGUUACAAAAUUCUGCCAUUGUUCAUGUGAAUUCAUGCUGUUAGCAACCUCAUUUAGCACUACUGUAAGAGCUUUCUUGGUUGGGAGUGGCAGAGAUUUCUCCUGAAAAGAUAAAGAUAAGCCAAGAGAAGGGACAUUUCUUUUUUACUCUCCUUGAGAAAUUCUGAGUGAGUGGCUCUUCAGUCCCAACAGUCACAUGAGUGCCUUAAGGUUCCUUUAAUGGAGUUUCAAUGACAUGUUCAGUUUUUCCUGGCUUUGAAUAUUGGCAGCUUUCAAACAAAAUUCACCCAUGAUGUUGCAUUUUUUUCUUUUUUCCCCAUUUUAUUUUCAGUUCUAACAUAGUCGCAGAGUCCUUUCUGGUAGUUAACAAUGUUUUACCUUUAUCCUUAGGGGAUAGAUGGAUAGAUAGGUAGGUAGAUUGAUGAUAGAUAGAUAGAUAGAUAGAUAGAUAGAUAGAUAGAUAGAUAGAUAGAUAGAUAAACACAGUCUCUUAAAAUAAGAGAAUGUUGGCUGCUAAGGAGACAGUUUUUAUUUCUUAAACCAGAUCAUAUUUAUAGUGUGCUGUUGGAGCUAAUAAAAUUUUCAAGAAUUAUUCCAUUAAGGUAUGGUUGGGUAAGGUUUCUCAUAUAAUCAUCCCUUAUUAAACUACUGAAUUAGAGCAUUAAUGGACCAGUUUCCCCCCCCCUACAUUCCUUGAAUUAGUUCUCAUUUUUAUAUUGCCUUUUUAAACAUUCCAUGAAAAACAAGAUUUUAUACAAGAUUAUACAAGAUUGUAUAAAAACCAGAUCACUCUUUUUAUCCAUUUCAGAUUAUAACAAGAGUGGUCUUGUUGAUUUGUUAUAAGGGUGCAAUGUGGGUUGAUUGCACAAUCUUUUUGAAUCUCACUGAUCAAAUGAAUUAAGAGUAGUGUUUUGGUCCUUUUUUACUGUACUGCUCCUUAUAUCUUCAAUAGUAAGAUUGUAUUGUGACCAUUUGCAAAUUCUUUAUAAUGCUUGGAAUUGGCAAAUUUAGUGUUUUGCCACCUCUAAGCAUUAUAAAACCUUAUAAUUCAACAAUGCAUAUAAAAUCAAACUGCAUUUGAUAAAUGUUCCUUAUGUCUUUUGGAUUUGGUUUGUAGGGUGCAAUUAAAAGUUUCAGGUUUAGCAUGAUGUAAUUUAAGGUGAUCUUCUCCAAAACAUGCACCAAAACGUUAGUAUCAGCUGUAGGUGUUGUUUUGUUGUUUUUUUGUUUUGCAAUAUGCUUUCAUGGAAUAGAUAGAUGUAUUAGAAGGGAAAGAAUCAUGCCCGUUGAAAGCCUGAACAGCAACAUGCUAAAUUUUAAUGUGAGUGUACUUCUAUUACACUGUUGAUCUUUAAAGUUAAGUCUUUGGAUUUAAAAAAAAAAAAAAGAUUUUACUUAGAGCCAGUUGAAUGACCACUCUCCACUAAUUAAUUGUUUUGUAGAUAGUAUAUUUAUAAUUUAAAUGCUCAAUUCAAUAUAUGUUUUACUAGGUAAAUUACAUAAUUUAGAAUUUGUAGCUUUCUAAAAAGUCAGCCUCCUUUUAGGAUCCAGUAGUCUUGUUCUUAAGUGGAAAUUAAUGCUAUAUGGAUGGUAGAAUUUUAAAAAGUAGAUAGGGAUUAUGACUAUAAAGUAAUCUGCCAUUAAAAGUAACACCUUUCACUACCAUUCUAAUGAGCUAUACUAAAUAUAGAUUUACUUUUAAUAUAGAAUUUUUAUAAAACACAAUGAAUGAUCUUAUUUCUUUGAUUGAUACUUCCCCUUCUGCCUCCCCCACCCCGUCAUAUGCAUGUUAAACAGUAGCAUCAACUUAUUUAUGCCUGUUAUAAAUUAAAAGUAACUAAGCUUUUGCAUUGCAAACCUUCUGUUUUGGGGAAACAGAUGCUUCCUUAAUUCAGAAGUGAUCUCCUUUUAAGUAUGUUGUAGAAUGCAUUGCAGCACAAUAUGUGUUCUUAUAUGAAAUAAUAUACUUUAUAUUCUAAACGGUUAAUGGGAAAUCAGUAGGAAGCCUGCAAGCAAGCAUUCUUCUAGGUAAACACCUUAGUAAUUAUGUUAUGUUAACACCUUAUGUUAAUUUUCCUUAAAAAUUAACAUUUUGGGACACAUUUGAUUUUGGGACACGUUUGAGAUGCAGGAAGUAUCCCUCUUGGUCAGGUGUUGGUCACAUUAACUGAUCUAUUUCUAAAGGUUUUGCCAAAUAUUUGAACACAAGCCUUACUUCUACAAAUGAGGAUGAUUCACAUCUCUUACUACCUUUACUGUGUAUUUUGUGCAGAGGGGACAAAUGGAGAGGAAUCUAGAAAGCUGCCUUUAUUAAUUCAGAAUAUUCUCCAUCUUAUUCAGUAUUAUCAACAUGAACUGGCAGCAUUCCUCGUAUCAGGCAGGUGUCCUUGUCAGUUUUACUGGAGAUUCCAGGGAGUCAACCUGGGACAUUAGGGUAUUGUAUAAAGCAGCUCCUCUACUCUUCAGCCGCAACCUCUGGGUUACUUGAAAAUAAACUAUAAAAGGGGUGCCUCAAUUACUUAACCACAACUAGAACUUUUCAUGAAACAAGACUGAGAACACCAUAGCUUUGUGCGUUAGGUUAGAUCAGUUUGGCUCUACAGUAUUUUUAUCCUCGAUUUGAUGGAGGCCAAUUUGAUAUAGGACAGAACUAGUGCUGCCUUAGCUAAAUAGGAAAGCAACAGUCUAGAACUCUAUUCUCAAACGUACCCUUUGAAUUAUACUGGACUACUUUACGAAAAAGCAGAAUUCAGCUUUGGGUUGUGCAACAUGUGCCCAAGCAGCUGCUUAUACAGUAACACCUGGAACUUCUUUUAAUAGGAAUUUGGGAGAGGGAGACAAAGCUGUGGAAAGGAAUUCUGGUUAGUUUAAAGCAGCCUUUCGCCUUCCAGAUGGGUUAGACUGCAGGUCCUCUUAUACCCAAGGUUGGAACUCUGGGUUAUAAACAAAGAGUAUUAAAAAUACCCUAUCACGCCCCAAUUAAGACAAUUUGGUCGGAGGAAAGGUGUGUGUGUGUGUGUGUGUGUGUGUGUGUGUGUGUGUGUGUGUGUAAGCACCUGAGUCCUUGUUUGCUUUAUACUAAAUCACAUUCAACUGUUAAACAGAAAACUUGCAACAGUACUGAAAUUGUUCCUUAGAGUUACUUUUAUGUACCAAACAGUUAAGGAUCUUUAAUAAUGAAAUAACGAUUACUUGAAGUAUUAGCUAAUAACCAGGAGAGAAAAAACACUGUAAACGUCAAUCUCUUCUAUUCCCUCUCUCCUCGCUUUUUCUGCUUCCUUUCCACUUUCUGAGGGAAAUAUGUAGCAAGAUAUAGGCAGCACAGUAGGAAGGAUCAGGUCUUGGCGCAUCCUGAAGGGAGUGCAAAAACAUAUCCAUACCUCCUUAUGGCUUUGGCAUCUCCCUUUGGACAGGAGAAGGUUUCUUGCAGAAAGGCAGUUCUCUACUUGACUACCCUGAAUUCUGCCUUUCUUUCUCCACAAGUGACCCAAAGGGAAGUGGGUAAAUUCAAGGAGGCAGCUACACUCUGGCAGAUGCUGUUGCUGGUACUCUUUCUUAAUAAUUCCACCUGCCGAUUCAUCCUAGUCUUUGGCCUUUUAGAAAGAGGGAGGGAAGGAAGGGAGAACAAUAUCAACUGAGAAUGAACUACUUGGGCCUAGUCGCCAUUGCCACUAGGCCUCUGAGCCAAUGAGGGGAUGAUGUGGCUGCUUCUCUGAUGAUGAAAUCUCUUUUGCGUAGUGUAUUUUGCGCCCUCUCUUUGUUAAGGUGUCCUGAAGAGAGGUAGAAGUGUGACAUAAGCAUGCUUUACCAAAUGCUUGUUUAAAGUCAAAUGUAGGUAAGACCCUUAGUAGCCCUAGGUGAAGGGCAUGGAGAGAAACUUUAAAACAAUCACAAGUUAGUCUAAGGUAAAACUAUUUCUCAUGGUCUUAUUUCAAGCUCUGUAUCUUGUAGUUAAGAGUUUGUCAUAAAACUCUUACGUAAUUAGCAUAUGUAUGAUAAAAUACAGAAUUUUAUUUCCAGAGUUACAAAAAGAGUUGUUCCUGGGUUCAUCAAUCAUUGUAGUUCAGGUGUGUUUGUGUAAAGACCAUGAUUCAACCAACAUAUCCCAUAUUAAUUGAAUCCAUUGCUAUGUUCCCUACCCAUUUUUAUUGUGAAAACAAUUUUUUAAAUUUCUGUUGUAUUUUGGUUAAACCUAAAACUUACUAAAAUUGCAGACAGAGUUUUUCUGGAAUCAGAAUGAAUUUAAGUUUUCAUUUUAAGUAAUGAAAAGAAAUGCAUUUUAAGCAAUAGUUAAUAUGCUGCAGUUAGUGAUAACUACUAAGUGGUUUUUUUUAAAAAAAUGAAAGUUUUAUAGAUGGCCUGGUUUCAGUAUUCAGGACACUUUAAUAUCCAUAUUAUUUGGAAAUAGAGAAGAUAGUCUUCAUAUUUCCCAGCAAAGUUGACAUUUUAACUUUUUUUUUAAAAAAGAAAAAAAAAAUCUAAUGACUCAACUUGUACCUAGAAACUCCAUGACAUGCUCUUAUUUCCAAAAUGUAUAUAUAAUAUACUGUGAGAACCAUUUCUCAUAUAUUGCCUUAUUCUGUUGUAGUAAACUUACUGUCUAGGCUUUUAGGAUUCUGACAGCGAUGUAAAAAUGUAUGUUUUGCAAAUUUAAAUCAUAGUUACUAAAUUAUUUAAUGUAUCUUUUGUAAAGUGUUUAAUUUAUUUUUAAUGUCAAAGCUUUUCUGUAUUGUUUUCAUGCAACCAAAUAAUGGAAACCUAUGCUGCAUUCAUUCCCAUCAGAAUUGUAUAAAAAUUCCUGACAGCUUGCAUGAGUAAAUGUGAAAUCUAAUUUUGUUGUUCAAUAAUGAGCUUUUGUGUGUGUUUUCCUAGCUUUAGUGUUCUGUAGACAGAAUUUUAUUUUUUUCUAAAUAAAGUCGAAUGGAUGGUUCCCUCUA